GUCCCCCCGGAGAACAACACUUCUUCGUAUUUUCGGAGAACAGCACUUCUCCGUAACCCCGGAGAACAACACUUCUCCGUAACCCCGGAGAAUAACACUUCUCCGUCCCCCCGGAGAACAACACUUCUCCGUCCCUCCGGAGAACAACACUUCUCCGUGACCCCGGAGAACAACACUUCUCCGUGACCCCGGAAAACAACAAAACAUUUCUCAAUCUGGUUUUUAAAAAGAACUUAUGUAACCUAUCUUCUGCCACACCUCAAAAAAUGCACUUUUAGCCAAACAGAAACAAUUCUGAUCCAGGAUUAGAAAAUGGCGGAAGACGACGAAAGGAGUUCUAAAGAGAAGAAACCAUGGGACGUUUUCUAUUCUUCAACAGACGAAGCAAGUUCAGCAUCAGAAACAACAACAGAGCAAUGGCAGCAGGCCUACAGAAUUCUCAAGGUUCUCACCAUCAUCAUCUGUUUUGCUGUGGUUCUUACAGCUGGAAUAGUCACAAAAGGAGCAACAUUCUUUAUAGUAAGUCAGAUAUCUGGAGAACCUCUAGAGUACUGUGACUCAAACGAUGUGACCAGGACAUCACAGAUAAAUCCUACUGGAAAAGUUGCCUGGGUCUGGGCUCUUUUCUUUAGUUACUCCAUGCCUGAAGUCCUUACUUUCCUCACAUCCUUGAGAACAAUAACAAUGAGAACCAGUUCAACACCUGCUGUUCUAGAGUUCCUUAUUUGCCUUGGAUUUGAAGUUCUUCAUGCAGUUGGAGUUACUAUUUUAUUCUUCUUUGCGCUUCCAGGCAUGGAUUCAAUCCGAGGGAUUAUGGCUACUAAUGCAUUAUGCAUAAUUCCAGCAAUAUUGAAAUUGUUCAUCAAACAAGAUAUCAAAAUAGGAAAAUUCAGAGUUCCAGAUAUUGCUUGCAAGGUGUUGACAGUGUUAUCUCUGCUUCUACAGAUUUCAGCUUUAAUAAUAUGGCCAAUAGUUUCUCAGACUGAAAUUGAGUAUUCCUGGGCGCUUCCGGUUGGUUUAUUUCUGACAUCUUUCGGAUGGUGGGAGGCUUUCGUGGAUGAAAAGGCCUUCUCACCCUCAAGUAAACUUUGGUUAGUGAAAACAAAGAUGUGUGAUGGAGGAGCCAGAGCAUUUACCUACACCCUAAUAGCACCAAUAAAGAUCGGAGUAAUGUUUCUGGGGAUGAUCCUGUAUAUAUCAAUUUCAAAGAUUUUUACAUUGAGUGAGUUGUUUUCUGAGAUAGGAAACUCAUUUUCAACACAGCAAUUUACUUCUUCUUCAAAUAACAUGGAUUCCCCAAUUUUUGAGCAGACCCUCAAUUCAUAUGAACCUGCUUAUGUGUUUAUUGUGCAAGCCAUUUGUGCCUGGGCAGGCUAUUUGUUUGCAGACUUUGCCUGUAAAUACGGAAUCCAGCUACAAAGCUUUUCAUUCCCAUUGACCUUGAUUACACCAUUGUGUGUAAUCAUUCUGUCGAAGAUGUGUGUGGACCGCCAGGCUAACAGUUGUGUUUAUCAAGGUUCAAUUCCUUCUCACAUGUUUUAUGAAUGUCCAGAAAAUAGUAGCACCUUUGAAUGGAUUUCCUCCAACUAUGCUUGGGCUUGGAUACUGUGGUUUAUCUCCCAAUGCUGGUUGACAGUUCAUAUAUGGUUCCCCAAAAGUCAAAGACUUGCUAGCACACCACAGAUGUUUGGAACUCCAUACUUUAAUUCCCUGGUCCUGGAACAAUCCCUCAUGCUGAACAGGAGAUGUGAUGAUGGAAAAAACACAAGAAGAUUUGACUUUAAAACAAAGCAUUUUAACCAGUCCUACGCUGCGCCAGCAGAGAAACCGGUGAAACAAAAGAGAAGGAAAAUUUCUGCAUUUUCGGACCAAAAUAAGGACUUUGAGGGAGUUGAACUAGACACAACAACAAGGAUUUAUGGCUGUGCAACCAUGUGGCAUGAAAAUACAGAAGAAAUGUCUGAAAUGCUGAAAUCCAUAUUUCGCAUAGAUGAAGAUUAUUUUGCCAGGUUUAUGGCAAGGAAAGUUAUGGACAUAGAUGACCCUGACUUCUAUGAGUGGGAAACCCACAUUUUUUUUGAUGAUUGCAUGGAAAGGUCAUCUGAAUCUAAAGAUGAAGUAAUUGUAAACCAGUUUGUACGUCUUCUGAUUCACAUGGUUGAUGCCUGUUCAAAGAAAUGGUAUGGCAAAAGAAACUUUCAGGUGGAUCCCCCCGAAGUAUUUUUAACUCCCUACGGCGGACGUCUGAUUUGGCAUUUACCUGGAAAAACUAAGAUUAUUUGUCAUCUGAAAGACAAAAACAAGAUCAGGCACAAAAAGAGAUGGUCUCAAUGUAUGUACAUGUAUUACUUUUUGGGAUUUCAGUUGAUGGACAACCCUAACCUUACAGAACAACAGAAAGAGGUUCGAGCUGAAAACACAUUCUUACUAGCUUUGGAUGGAGAUGUAGACUUUCAGCCAGAAGCUAUUAUCAAACUGGUUGAUCUAAUGAAAAGAAAUCCAGACGUUGGAGCAUCAUGUGGAAGGAUUCAUCCCAUUGGAUCAGGUUACAUGCAAUGGUACCAGAUGUUUGAAUAUGCCAUUGGUCAUUGGCUCCAGAAAGCAACCGAACACAUGAUGGGCUGUGUUCUGUGUAGCCCUGGUUGUUUUUCACUCUUUCGGGCUAAGGCUGUUAUGGAUGAAAAUGUAAUGCACAAGUACACCACCAUCGCAACCCAACCUAGGCACUAUGUCCAGUAUGACCAAGGAGAGGACAGGUGGUUGUGUACUUUAAUGCUCCAAAAGGGUUGGAGAGUUGAAUAUUCAGCAGCCAGUGAUUCUUUUACUGCAUGUCCCGAAGGAUUCAAAGAGUUCUACAACCAAAGAAGAAGGUGGAUGCCAUCCACAAUAGCCAAUAUUGCAGAUCUUUUGGGUGAUUUCAGAAAUGUCAUUAAGAACAAUGAUGAUAUUUCUUUCUUCUAUAUAGUGUAUCAGAUUAUGAUGAUGGUUGGCACAAUCCUAGGGCCAGGGAGUAUCUUUCUCAUGCUUGUUGGAGCAUUCAAUGUGGCCUUCAAAAUAUCUAAUGUGGAUUCUCUUUUGAUAAACUUGAUAAUAGUAGUCAUCUAUAUCUUGGUUUGCGCAUUCUUCAAAUCUGAUCAUCAAGUAUUUGUGGCUAUGGUGCUAAGUUUAGUGUAUGCAAUUAUCAUGAUGGCUGUACUGGUAGGACUGUGUCUUCAGCUGAAUGAAGAUGGACUUUUGGCCCCCACGAGUCUUUCUCUAAUGUUUGUAGCUGGAGCGUUUAUUCUUGCAGGCAUCUUGCAUCCUCAAGAGUUUUGGUGCCUACCCAUGGGAGUGAUUUACUAUAUCACUAUACCAUCUAUGUACUUGCUUCUUAUGAUCUACUCCAUCUUUAACCUGAACAAUGUUUCUUGGGGAACAAGAGAAGUUCCAAAGUCUGCAGCUGAUGUUGCAGCAGAACAAGAACACAAUUUAAAUGAGGCCAAAACUCAAGCAGCAGCAAAAGAAAAUGGACUUCUUGGCUAUUUUCAAUCCCUCAAUGAUACCAAGAAAAAAGGAACAAUUGAAUUUUCAUUUGGAAACAUUUGUUCCUGGUUUCUAUUCACCAAUGAUGAUGAUAAAGAUACCAAGAGAGAACUUAUGAUGAUUGCUGAUAAACUUGAUAGAGUUGAAAAAGCACUGAACAUUAAAGACAUGCCCAAGAAAGAUCUAACAAAAGAAACGGAGAAACCAAGUAAACCUGAUAAUCCUGCCCCUGCUGUGAAACGGGUUCAGAUAUUUGAGGAAAGAAAACCGGAGAGAAAUGAAAUGGUAAACCCAUACUGGUUGGAGAAUAAUAAGGAAAACAAUGAGAAAUGCCCCUUACUCAUGAAGGCAAAGAAACAAGUCAUAAAUCCAGUUGAACUUUCUUUCUGGAAUAGUUUCAUAGAACAGUAUCUUAAACCUCUGAAUGAAGACAAAGAAGAAAAGAAGAGGAUCAGCGAAGGCUUGAAAGAUCUACGCAAUCAGAUGGUAAUGUCAUUCCUUAUCCUGAAUAGUAUCUGGGUUGUUACUAUUUUCCUGCUGCAACAGAAUAAAGAUACUCUGUUUAUUAAGUGGCCUUGGGGAGCUAAAGAUCUUAUGAUCGAGUUUGAUAGGGAACUAAGCUCUAGCUCAGCUUCCAGGGUUAGUGAAAUAGAGAUCAAACAAACUUAUCUAGAGCUUGAACCGUUAGGAGUAGUAUUCAUGGCUUUCUUUGCUGUAGUUAUGCUCAUUCAAGUUAUUGGUAUGAUCCUUCACAGAAUAAUGACCCUAGGACACAUCGUAUCUUCGACUAAACUCAGAUCUCAUUACAAUGCCUCAGAGUUUUUGGAUGAACACGGAGCUCAAAUCAUCAGAGAUAUACAAAGGACACGUCAAGGAGAGGCAACAACAGACAUGGAAGAGGCAGUAGAACAAACUCUUCAAAAUAUCAAUAAUGGGGAUGCCAAUGAACUCCGUCGGUUGAGCAAUGUAGGGACCAUAAAGAGGAAAGGGGGAAGGUUUGCUGAACCAGAGGUAGUUUCUGAACUUAAGAGAAGACACACUCAGUAUGGAAAGAGAAAAGCCACCAUGAAACAAAGAGGUAGAGAGAGACCCAACCAUGGAAUUAUUAUACAGGAGGAGGAUGAAGAGCCGGAGAAGGUUUCGAUCGGAAGAACUAAAUCCAAGAUUGAUCCAGAUGGAAUUAAUGAAAGAUAUGCUUAGUAUCCUGUCAGAUCUAAUCCUAAUCAGAGUAUUCAUAAAUUAAGACCAGGAGGUUUUGGACAAAUUAUUUGUAAACAAAUUUUGUGUCACUCACUGCUAAAAGCCAUUAUUUCUUCGAUCAGUGUACUGCAGAUCAAUAAAGUACGCACAGAAAACUUAGUUUAGGGUGGUGUAAUUUUCAUGCAUUUCAAGCAAUUGUGAUUAAUUAAGGUUUGUCCUAUUUAACCUUCCUAAAUUUAAGGAAACUCUAUUUUUAUUUAAAUUUGUAAAUGUAUAUAUACUUUAGACUUCAAUAAAAGAACAUGUGUUUUAUAAAAUUUA